UGAAAGUAUGAAACCAUGGUAGUUUGCAAUUUCUGUGUACUACCAUACUAUAUUCGGUCUCCCACGUAUGAGAACUCGCCACGUUCACGAAAAGCAUUCCCUCUUUUGGCGUCCUUUAUAAAUCUCAUGCUCUCACGUUUCCAAUGCCGAUCACAACAAAUCACAAUGCAGCAAGCUCCAACCACACUCACCGGAUUGCUCCAUCGCGUCGCCGGAAUAUUCCCCUCCCGCCGCGCCGUCUCCGUCUCCGGCAAGUUCGACCUCACGCACUCCCGUCUCCACCACCUCGUCGAACUCGCCGCCUCGGGCCUCCUCUCCGCCGGCAUCAAACCCGGCGAUGUCGUCGCCCUCACCUUCCCCAACACCGUCGAGUUUAUAAUAACGUUCUUGGCCGUUAUUCGAGCGCGAGCCACGGCGGCGCCAUUGAACGCGGCUUACACCGCCGAGGAGUUCGAGUUUUAUCUAUCUGACUCAGAUUCAAAGCUGUUACUAACCUCAAAAGAAGGAAACGAGCCGGCUCAAGCCGCGGCUUCCAAGCUUAACAUUCCGCACGCAACGGCAUGGCUCGCGGAAGCCGAGGAGCUGAGUCUCUCUCUGAGUUCCACCGAGUCAGCAAUCGACUCGGUCUCCGAAAUCGCCAACGACGCUUCCGACGUGGCACUGUUCCUUCACACUUCCGGCACCACGAGCCGCCCCAAGGGCGUGCCGUUGACGCAGCACAAUUUGGCCUCUUCCGUGGAGAACAUCAAGUCCGUGUACAGACUCACUGAGUCUGACUCGACCGUGAUCGUUCUCCCGUUGUUCCACGUGCACGGCCUGCUCGCGGCGCUGCUCAGUUCGCUAGCCGCCGGAGCCGCCGUGGUUCUUCCGGAGGCGGGGAGGUUCUCCGCCUCCACGUUCUGGAGCGACAUGGCGAGGUACGACGCCACGUGGUACACCGCGGUUCCCACCGUGCACCAGAUCGUGCUGGAGCGUCACUUAAAAAACGCGGAACCGGUUUACCCGAAGCUCCGGUUUAUCCGGAGCUGUAGCGCGUCGCUUGCACCGGCAAUAUUGGAACGGUUGGAGGAGGCGUUCGGUGCACCGGUUUUGGAGGCGUAUGCGAUGACGGAAGCCUCGCAUUUGAUGUCGUCGAAUCCGUUGCCCGAAGAUGGGCCUCACCGAGCCGGGUCGGUUGGAAAGCCCGUGGGCCAGGAAAUGGUGAUAUUAAACGAGAAUGGUGAGAUUCAAAAGAAUGAGGUGAAAGGUGAGAUUUGUAUUAGAGGACCUAACGUGACCAAAGGGUAUAAAAACAACCCUGAUGCGAAUGAUUCUGCGUUUCAAUUCGGGUGGUUCCACACUGGUGAUAUCGGGUUUUUUGAUUCGGAUGGGUAUUUGCACCUUGUUGGUCGCAUCAAGGAGCUUAUUAACCGUGGAGGGGAGAAAAUAUCACCAAUAGAGGUUGAUGCUGUCCUUCUAUCUCAUCCAGACAUUGCUCAGGCAGUUGCAUUCGGAGUACCAGAUGACAAAUAUGGCGAAGAGAUAAAUUGUGCAAUCAUCCCAAAAGAAGGAUCAAACAUUGAUGAGGCAGAGGUGCAGAGAUUUAGCAAGAAGAACCUUGCAGCCUUCAAAGUCCCUAAAAAGGUCUUCUUCACUGAUUCUUUGCCCAAGACUGCAACUGGCAAGAUUCUAAGGCGUCUUGUAGCAGAACACUUUGUUUCUCAAACUUGAGCAGCUGAAUACUAUCUGGAGCCGAAAUAAAUAGCUUGCCAAUAAAUAGCCCAAAUGAAUAUUAUUCUUGAAGUAGACCAACCAUAAAUUUUAACAUUGUAUUAGCCUAUGGGCAAGUUUGAUGUUCCAUAAAGAUUUAAGGAUUAGUUUUAUAUUUUUAAAAAAAUCAAGAUAAGCGUAUAAUUCAGUCCCUAUAUAUGUAAUUUAGUAUCUAUACAUGUAGGACAUUCUCUCAAUUUGGUCCUUGUAAUAAAAACUUAUUAAAUUGUUUCCUGUA